AUGGCUCGCAUCCCAGUGGCUGGCUCGGUCUUGUUCAAGGAUGGCUCCGCCUACCUGAGGAUCUCUCCGAAAUCAGGGAACAUGGCCACGUCCAACUUCCCAGACUCUGGCGCGGGCUCAUCCUCUUCUACUCCAAAUCCUCCAUGGCCGAUAUCCACACAGCGCUCAGACCAGCAAAUCCUCGAGGCCAUCAACAGCGGCGCAGCAAUAGUUCACCAUACUCGGCUUCCGAUGAACCCCACGGACUUGCGCGUCAUGCUGAAUAAUAUUCAGACGGCGCUUGGCCUUACCGUCGGAGUGCAGGGUGAUUGGUCGCCGAGGGCCGACCAAAGGCUCCUAGACGUAUUGCUGAAGCCGAAACGUAGCCAAAAACGCAAGGCCGCAGCGAUCAAUGCCAUUGAAGACGCCCCUGCGAGCCCCAAGGCCAUCCAGGACAAACCCACCGGCAACAUGAACAGUGAGCAUCCGGAAAAUACCCCAUCGGUCAAUGCCAUUGAAGACGCCCCUACGGAUUCCGCGGCCGUCCAGAGUGAACCCACCGGCACUACUCACAUUGUGCGCUCGGAGGCUGCCGUAGAUGAUCUCGCUACUGCCGACAACACGCCUUCCGCCGAAGACAACGCCACGAGCCACAGCAAUGAUGGCAACGACUCAGACUCUUCAUCCAGCAGUUCCUCCAGGUCAAGCAUUUCCCUUGCUCCUCCUGACGUCAACACAAUGAAGUGGACCAGCGACUUCGCCGAUGCCUACACAUCUGCGAUGGACUUGUUCAUUAUCUCCGGGGAUAAUAAGAAGAAGAAGAAUGCAAGUGCGAAAGUCUUACACGCCAUCGUGAAAGCCAAGGGCGUGUUUGACAGCAACUAA